AUAAAAUAGACGUAAACGGAAAGUUUCUGUUUGAGUGUUGCCAGAUAUCCAAAGAGAAAGCAACUCGGUUAAAAAAAUCAAUUCCUUGGAAAUAAGUAAUCAAAUAUAUUAAUUCAACGCUAAAUAUUUUUAAUGUAUGUCUAUUUUGAGUAUAGUCUCGAGAAAUAACGAAUUCUUAGAAUAAACCCCUCAGUUCCAUUUUUAAGAGAGAGAAAGCCAUUUACGGCGGACAUGGCAACAUUUGCUCUGGUUAACGCCCUUUGUAUUGGCAUUGACCAAUCAGAUCUUGGAGCCCUUUUCGGUUUCUAGGUGAUGCUUGCAAACAACCCGUUGCUGUGGAAAAUAAAGAUGCAAGUCGCUGCUGUCCUAUAGGAUGACAAAGUAGUAUACUACAAAGGACUAGGAUAUAUUUAUUUAGAAGGACCAAGGACAUAACUCUGUAUUUAAAAUAAACUUAACUCAAAGUGAGUGAUGCCUCCUCCUGAAACAAUGUAUUGCGCCCAGCAGAUCAACAUCCCCCCAGAGCUGCCUAAUAUUCUGAAGCAGUUCACCAAAGCUGCAAUUAAAACACAGCCAUGUGAUGUGCUACAAUGGGCAGCUGACUAUUUUUCAGCUUUAUCAAAACAAGGUCAGGACAUAUCAGUCAAGGAGAGACUGGAAAUGCCAGUGGCAACUCAGAAAACGGACACAGGACUGACACCAGGCUUUCUAAAAAUCCUUCAUCAGCAGUUCGCACCUAACGAAAUCAUUACAAAAGAGGAGCUCAUUUGGAAGUGGAAAGAUCUGUGCUUGCCAAUUGAACAGCUUGACACAAUCCUUGCCCUUGGCAACUUCGGUGAAAAUAUCAAUUGGAUGGAGUUUUUUGCUUUAGGAUGCAGUGCAUUGGGUGGGGCCAUCAUGAGUGCUUUGAAACAUGCAUGUGAAAUACUCACAGAGGACACUGAGGGUGGUUCAGCCCAGAUUCCUUUCGACACAUUUCAGAGGCUGUACACAUACUUGGCCCAUCUGGAUGGAGAAAUUCCUAAAGAACAGAUCGACGGCUUGUUGCACGGUUUAGAGGAAGAGUGCCAAGGAGGAAUGGUGCAACCUUCAGAUUUUACAAGCUUCCAAAGCGCUGAGAAGUCGGAGUAGAAUCUAAUCCAGUUGUACCUCAGGUGGCAAUAUCUUACAUCACGCUCUAAAAAUAUUGAUCCUAGUUACUAUUGUAUGUCCUGUUUGCACUCUUUCUUCUGUAUAUUGUGAGGUGAUUUGCAUAUUUAACCUAAAUAAAUCCUCAAAUCUCCAA